AUGGCGGCGUCUGCGCUGUGCACGGUCCGCCGCUACCAGUCGCAGAGCAGCCGCGUGCGGCCGUCGCUGCAGUGGCAAGACGGUCAAGUAGAUCCACGCUUCUCGUCGGAGGGCAACAUGCGUCGGCUCAACGCAGAGACGAUGCCGCACUUUGUGAAGGCGACCAUCCAGAAGGACCGGCGCGAGAUGGGGCUGGGCGAGGUGUUCGACUGGGUGGAGUUUGCAAAGGACGCCAUCUAUAUCCCGACCCGAGCUGGCCCGCUCUGGGUCGGCAGCGAUGACCCACGUGCGUCGAAGUUUGUUCGGCGGCGGGAGAAGAUGAAGCGGCAGCCGCUGCAGCGGACGCGGCAGAAGCCGGGGGCGGACCAAGCCAAGGCCCUCGAGGACCACCCCCUCCGCGAGUUCUUCACGACACCGUCUAACCUGCACGACCCCAUGAGCAUCGCAGCCGGCCUGCACUGUGCUGGAAUGAUCCGCGAGUAUGACGUGAGGCACACAGCGUCGAAGAUCGAAUAUGUGCCACGGCCGCCGAUCGUGUCAAUCAUGGGCCACGUCGAUCAUGGCAAGACGACGUUGCUGGAUCACCUGCGCCACACGAACGUGGCGGCGGUUGAGGCGGGCGGCAUCACACAGAACGUUGGCGCCUUUCAGGUUAAGACGCCAGACGGGCACUUCAUCACCUUCAUCGACACGCCCGGCCACGCUGCCUUCACGGCGAUGAGGGAAGUCGGCGCCACGGCAAACGACAUAAUCGUCCUCGUCGUCUCCGCCGUGGACGGUGUGCAGCCACAGACGCGCGAGGUUAUCGAGCUGGCGCGGCGCAGAGGCACACCGAUGGUGGUCGCCGUUACAAAGAUUGACCGGCAGCCCGACUGCGACUACGUGAGGGAUCAGCUGGCUGAGAACGGGGUGGAGCUGGAGGAGAGAGGCGGCGACGUACAGCUCGUCAAGGUCUGCGCCAAAGAUGGCCGCGGUGUCCGUGAGCUGCUCGAGGCACUGCAACUGCAGGCGGAGCUGUGCGAGGUGGCAACGCCCGCCCCGUCUCGUGCUGAGCUGUACGUUCUUGAGUCGCGCAACUUGGGUGUCAGCGAGGUGGCAGCGGUUGUGCGCUGCGGCACGGUGAGGCCCGGGCAGGUGCUUGUCUCAGGCACCAUCUACGGUACAGUGAAGCGAGUCAUGGACGACCACGGCGUCACGCUCGGCGAGGCGAGGUCGUCGAUGCCGGUCGUGCUGCAUGGCUUUCGGGUGCCGCCGAAGCCAGGAUCGGUGGCGAUGCAGGUGAGCAGCGAGACGCACGCUGAAAAGUUCAGCUACUUCAUGCGUGACGUGUACACCGUCGAGGGCAACCGUGAGAAUUACUUACAGAUCCUCAACCAAGAGCGACGAGGUCUCAUCCACGGCCGGAAGCCAGACAACAACAUAGUGCGUGCAUACAGCACCAAGGCGUUCAUUCUAUCGUGCAAGGCCGCCACGUUCGGGAUGCUGCAGGCGCUGCUGAAGACGAUCUACGAGCUGCCGCGACUCGAGGGCGUAUCACUGGACAUCCGCAUCACGGAGGUUGGUGGGCUGAAGGACUCCGACCUGAUCCUGACAGGAUCGUCCGGCCAGCCCGGGUGCGUCCUGCUCUUUGGCGACUGCAAGGACUCCUUCUCGCUGGACGUACCGACCAACGUGCGGGUGUUGCGGUUCAACGUGCUGUACCAUGGAAUUGACGAGUUGAAGCAGACGCUUGUCGACUCCUUGCCCAAGGUGAAGAAGACGCGCAUCAUGGCGACGGCAGAGUGCCUGCAGACCUUCAAGGCCUCCCAGGCGGGUCGCGCCGGCAACGCUGGAGGUAUGAGGGUCACGAAGGGCACCCUCGACGCGGCCCAUCUUACCUUUCGCGUGAUGCGGCGACCGAAGGACUUGAAGGGGGGGCUGGCAGCGGCGGUAGCAGCAGCGAGCGGCAUCAAGAUGAGCCUGUCCGGCAGCAAUGCCGCAGCCGCGGCCGACGACGAGACACGGGAGGUUGUGUACGAGGGCCAGUUGAAGGAGCUGCGCCGCUUCAAGGAUCUUGUGCCGACGGUAGAGACGGGCCUGGAGUGUGGUGUCGUGUUGCACGACGACUUCAGCUUCCGUGUCGGGGACGUGCUGGAGCAGGUUGAGGAGUACGAGGAGAGCCGCGACGUCACCGAGGAGUACGAGGCGGCGGAGAAGCGCGAGAAGAUUCUGCGCGAAACGGCCGAGGUGCAGGCGCGCAUGGAGGACGAGGAGUCGAGGGCUGCCGAGCAGGCAGCGAGCAGUGCCGAGCUGCAUGAGAAGCUCAAGGCCAUGUCCGGGUAA